AUAAAAUGAAACUGAAAGUUCGGCCACCGUCCACGCCUUAGCCUAAUUAAUAAUGUCAGAAAGAGGCAGGUUCCAUCUCUCAGAAGCGACAGACCUGGUAUUGAGGCCUGUAAUAAAUAAAGGAACCACAGAGAAUAUAACUAGUCUGCGCACAGAAAUAAGACAGACGAGUGUUGGUGCGCGAGGGAACUAUAGCACAGUGUGCACGUGUAUUUAUACUUGGAUUCAGUUUUUGUAAUUCGGUAUUCGCAUAAUUGUCAGUGGAUAUUUAACUUGAAUUACACGUUUCUUUCACCAUCAUCGACGCUAUCUUAAUUUCUUUUAAUUACCGGGAUGUUGCUUUUAAUGGAUUCUAAAUCGCAGAGUCAAGCGUCUUUUUCUGAGGAUGAAAAUUUACACUUUGUAUCAGCACUGCAGGUAGAAGAAUCACCGGACUCAUUCAGGAAAUGCAGGCGCAGAGAAAACAACCGGGCGGCAGCGCAGAGAAGCAGAAAGAAGCAGACGGAACGAGCGGACGAGCUGCACAAGGAGCUGCAGUCGCUGGAACAUUCCAAUGCGGCGUAUGAAAAAGAGAUAGCAAGCCUCCGACAGGAGAUUGAGAAGUACGCAGCUGCCCUGCAGCAGCAUGAGCCACACUGCUCCCUCCAUACGUUCCACCACCUGGAAAUUCCCCCUCACUCCUCCACUUCUCCUGCAGCCCCCACCCUCGCCUCUAAUCUCGCCCCCGUCCCUGCCAGCCCCCCAACUCCAGAGCUCCAAGACUCUACAGUUUGGUCUGAUAUCUUGGCGUCCAUCCUCUAGGGUAUAACAGAGACGUGUUGUGAGUGUCACAAAGGUUGAGGGGUCCUCAACGGGGAAGACAUGAAGUUCACAGGUUCAAGGUGAGAAGAUGUGGAGCGGGAGAGGAGCCCAUCGACAGAGACUGGGCAGCCCUGUGACAGCUACCUCAGGUUUUUUUUAGCAACAUCAUCAACACCAGCAAGCAUAUGGGAAAACUCAGUCCGAGUCCUUUUGUCAAAACACUGAAUUUUGAUUAUGGACAUUGCUAACCAGUCUGCUGCUAUGAAGAAAUAUUUUUAAUUAUGAUAUGCUGUGCAAGAAUACAGCAGUUAAUAUUGUGCAUUUUAUUAUAGUGUCAGUGUGUAUUACGUAGUGUGCAUAUAUAGGUGUUUUUUCUGUGUAUUUAUAUAAACUCAGUUGUUACUUUAUUAGGUAGCCGUACAUUGUACCGGGUUGGGCUCACUCUUGCUUGUCUUCAUAAUCUUCUUGUUAGCUUUCACCAACCUAGAUAAUCUCCUACGGACCUCUUUCAGUAGCCAGGCCUUUUCCACAAACGAAUUACUGAUAAGCAGCGGGCAGUUUGAGUUAAUGAGAAGGUCUACCUCAUAAAUAGCCAACUGAGUGUUUAUGACUUCAGAUGCGUGAUUUCAUUGUAGGCUACAAUUAAAAAAAUAUUUAUAGACAGGAAAGACCAAGGUAUGGUAUGGAGGUGCUGAGAACAGUGAUCGAUCGCAGUAUAUCUGUAAUAUAACAAACGCAGCUGGUUCAGCAGUUAGAACUAACAGUUAGAACAAUUAAUGUAUUGUAUUGAGCAUUUGAGGGCUCAGUGGGGAGUGCAGUGGCAUCUGUAGCCCACUGCAGGAUGCUUUUGCUCUCUAUCUGGCUCUGUAUAUAUGGAGUUUGCGUGUGGUUACUGUGUAUGUGUGGAUGUGUUCCUGGUAUUUCCGCUUCCUCCCACAGUCCAGAAAUGUGUGGUUUGGUGAAUUUAUGUCUUUAAAUUGCUGGGUGUGUGCAUCACGAUCGAAUGGCGUCCUUCCCGGGGUUCUCCUCUGCCUUGUACUGACCUUGUACUGGAUUAACGGUAUGGAACAUAGAUGUUAUUGUUUUCCCACUUGGGGUCGAUUUGGAUGCAUGACAUUGUACACUAAGGCCAUUAAAAUAAUGGUUAAUGUGACAAUUUCCAUUUUAUUGUAUACAAUAUUUUUUUUUUACUACAUUCUUUUGUAAGAACAGAAAUAAAGUGUGUAUUAUUUUAAUGGACUGAAAUCCACAAUGACCUAAUGGACUAUAAGGCCAUAAUGGAUGCAUAGGUUAUUGAAGUACAAUUUCAUCAAAACAUCAUAAAUUACAUGCUUGCACUGCUGUUACAAAAAAUCUUGGGACAAAUCAUUAAAAAAAAACCCUGUGCAUUCCUCAAAACGGCAAUCGGUUCGCAACAAAUCCUGUAGAAGACGUUACAUCUAAGUAGAGAGAAUAUACUUCAGCCUGCAGCAUCAUCUUUCUUUCAGAUUUAUAUAUUUCGCUUGUGUGAGAUAUUGAGCGGUUUGAUUGUCUAAAUUACACCUUGAAGUAAAGCGUCUUAUCCUGCCACAGAACUGUUUGUUCUUACCGCUAGGGGGCAAGUAGAGGUUUCAAAUAACCUCUAAUCUACCCUAAUUCUCGAUUAGUUAUUUUCUAAACAGCUAUGUGGAAAGCAGUCCCUAAUUAACUACGGCCAUAGUAUAACUACAAAAACUAUAACUCGCAAUAUGCAAAAAAUUAAACAUUGUUAUAAAGUGCAAGCAGAAACUGGUAUAUUGAAUUCAAACCCAGGAUACAUUUGAGCCCUUUGUACAGGACGCAUGUUUAUGAUUUGAAUUAAAUGAAUUUGAAUUUCUGAAGAUAAAACCUAUUUAAGCGAAUGCACGCACAGCAAAUAUAUCGAUUCACGCUAGACCA